AAAAUUUUUCGCAUAAAGUUCCUACUUUUAUACAAAUCAAAAUGGAGGCAAUUUGAGGACAAAAAUAAAGCACGGGGCUUUUUGGAAUCCAUAUGUUAAUGUCUGAUUUGGUGAAAAUAUUAAAAGUGGAUCUUUUAAAGUGAAAUAUGGAUCCGGCAUUGUUGAAGGAAAGGAAGGCUUUUAUAGACCGAGCAAAGGCUCAGCCUGUAGUGGAGAAAAGAAAGAAAGGCAAAGAUGUAUCGGAUGAAAAACCAGUCAAAAAACAAAAAUCAAGCUCUUCGUUCAAACCAAAGAGUGAGUCCAGCUCGUCUUCUUAUGAUUAUAAGUCUUCUUCAGGAAGUUCUCAAUACAAGUUUGCUAUUUUGGCAAAAAUUGUAAAAUAUAUGAAAUCGAGACAUCUAAAAGGAGACACUCAUCCUCUGAUGAUUGAUGAGAUUCUGGAUGAAACAAAUCAACUGGAUGUGGGCAGCAAAAUUAAACAUUGGCUAAUAACUGAAGCCUUGAACAACAAUCCAAAAGUUAAAGUGACAGAUAAUGGACAGAAAUAUGCCUUCAAACCUAAGUUUGACAUUCGUGAUAAAAAUAGUUUAAUGAAAUUACUUAAAUACCAAGAUUUGCAUGGCUUAGGUGGAGUGAUGAAAGAGGAUGUGGAAGAGUCACUGCCUAAUGCCGAGAAGGCUUUCAAAACCUUGGGAGAACAUAUCAUCACCAUAGUGAGACCAAAUGACAAAAAGGAGAUUCUGUUUUAUAAUGACAAAUACUGUAGGUACAAAUUAGAUGAUGAUUUUCAGAAACUGUGGAGAGGAGUUUCAAUUGAUGGACUGGAUGACAAAAAAAUUGAAGAAUAUUUGGAGAAACAGGGGAUUUCAUCCAUGCAGGAUGUUGGAUUGAAAAAGGCAGUGCAAAUUAAACGUAAAAAAGGUGGUGGAAAGAGAAAAAUGUUCAAAAAGCACAACGAGCAUUUAGAAGGUGUUCUUGAGGAUUAUUCAGAGACUGUAAAGUAAAUUUUGUUCUGUAUAAUGUUAUACAUAUGUACUGAUAGGUAGACUAGAGAUAAACAUUGUAUAUAGAUUAUUUUGACAAUAAAACACAUAGCACAUUCCGAUGGUACUCAUACAUAUGUUUAUUAUCAUUAUAAUAAUGAUGGUUUAUGCACUUAUGUCAAAGGUACAUGUGUAUACACUAAUGUAAAAUUGUCAAUUGUAUAUCUAUAUGCACUAAUGUCAAUGAUAAGUGUAUUAUUCACUUGUGUAAAUAUGAUUAUGUAUUUCUAUUAAGUAUCAGAUUUUAAAAUGGGAUUCUUCUUCA